UUUCCUUUUCGUUAAAUUUUGGGAUUAAAUAUUCCAACAAAUAAAGACCUAAUGUAUUGAGGAACAAAACAUGAGAGCAUCGGAAAUUCUCAUUCGGCGCUGUUGGAUUUAAUUGUUGUCCGACAGAAAGUGAGCAUCCCUUUAACAGCAGCCAAGCGUCCGUUGCCAUGGGUACCGUGAGGCAGCGGGGAGAAAGACACGAAUGACAAGGCUAGAUGCUAGCUAUCAAAAAUUUACUCAACGAAGAAGUUGCUUUUGUAUACAUUGUAUAAAUCUCACUGUUUAGGUACAAUUGUAACUUUCUUGUCUCCCUGCGUGACAUCAAUUUACUUUAGCUAAAACAACUUGCUCAGCUGCCUAGUUGACUAACUAGCUAGGCUACAACUAACUAACGUUACCUUAGCUAGCCUAAGCAUUGACAUGGCAAGUUUAGGCAAAUCCACUGGAAAAACUCCCAAAAAGGAGGCGAGACCUCGGACCCCGCCAGAAUGUACUGAGCCUCAGAACAGGUGGCCUUCCCUCACUCUCCGCAAGGUGCUACCCUCCCCUGACAACCACACAGAAUGUACUGAGCCUCAACAGGUGGCCUACCCUCACUCUCCGCAAGAGAAGAAACGUCUGAAAGUGUCAGAGGAUUUCUCCUCGUGUCUGAGUGAAGAGCAGCCUCAGAGCCCCACUCUUAAAGGAGAGGACAUCCAGGCCCUGGCCAUCAGACCUGAGGACCUGGAGAAGUUGCGGGUGCCCCAGCCCCCUAAAGAACCCCAGAAACCUGCAGCUGUGACCCGCGUGCUGGUGCGUAAGACCCGCCCACCUGAUGACAUCAGAAAGGGGUUGAGGGUAGCGGUGGCCCGCCCCCUGGCCCAGGACACCAGCACACAGCCACUGGACUACACAGGACCGGGGGGACCUCGCUUCGAUGCCCAGGGGAUGGCUCCCCACAGCAUUCUGGGUAGUCUGGAGGCCUUCAGGACAGAGAUGCAGGCCAGGGGAGAGACUGAGCUGGUGAGGAGGGUGCCAGCCCCUCAGAGAGCCGUCUCCCAGGUGUCGAGGGGUGCAGAGAGACCCCCUCCAGUCCCCAGGGGUCAGAGAGACGUCCAGAGCCACGCCCUGCAGCACUGGCACACACACAUGACCCAGAGACGACACCAGCAGGACCUUAUCGCCAACCUGCUCCAGAAGCCAGUAGAGAGGCUGUUGAUGAACCAGUCCAACCGUUUCAGAGAGACUCAGGAGCAGAGAGAACUGAUCACCCGAGGCCUGCCAGCCAUACACUCCGGACAGGGUUACCGUGUAGGCAGUGAGUUCUGGAGCCUCCCUCAGAGGUUUGGUGAUGAGCUGAGUGGUAUCUCAGCCACCCUGUCUCAGACACAGAGAGGACAGCAGGAACCUGUCACACACAUCGCACAGCCACACAGCAUCCGCAUGGAGUCAGGUAAUGUUCUCCCAGAGACAUGUGGUUCAGCCAGCAGGACCUGGGACCAGAGUCUCUACCUGCAGCACCGACGACAUGAGCUCAGAGAUGUUCUCAAAGACCUGGACUUCAACCAGCCUGAGAUAGAUGGCUUGGAGGUGAUUGGCUCAGGCCAGCCCUUCACCUCUGUCACUGUGAAGCAGAGCCCCCUAUUGGAGGAGGAGGAGAGGGAGGAGCUUAGGGAGGUGGAGCAGAAGGAAAACCAUGACCCCCUGUCGCAGUUUGAUGAUGUCAUGCUGGACGCGGUGCUGGUGCCUGCCCUGAGGUUCUGUGGGCAGCCCGCCCGCUGGACAGGCAACUCCACCUCUCACAAGGGGGAGGUGGGUAUCAGCGCCAGGGUAACGUUUGAGGCCCUGUCAGGAGAGAGAGCCCGUUCAGACAUGGAGGUGCAGAACGAGGGCAGUACAGCAGUCUACUACAGCUGGCAGCGCCUGGCUGUACCACAUAGCUUCCCUGACGCCAGGACACACACACACACACAGCACUUCUACUUCAACACCUCCACAGGUGUGAUUCUACCAGGUGACAGCAAGUGUGUAGAGUUUAUAUUUAAGUCGGAGGUCCCAGGCAUCAGGACAGAGGUGUGGCGUCUCAACACACACCCUGUCCUGCUGGGUGGAGCCUCCAUCCAGGUGACACUGAGGGGUGUGGCUCUUUACCAGGACAAGACCGCUGACCAGAGACACGCCCUGGAGAGUGAGCUGCAGCAGAGAGAGGCUGCGUCAGUGUGUCGGUCGUUGGUGUGUGCCGUGUUACAAGGCGUCCUCACCCCAGAGAGACCCGGCUCCCCUGCGGAGCUCUGCACCACCGAGGAGGAACACUUCCACAACAGGAGCCCAAAGCUGCAGUACCGUUAUGAGACAGUGGAGGCACUGAAGAGCCUGUGGCAGCAGGUGACUGUAGAAACAGGAGAAGACAGAGAAACAGCCUGGGACCUCUCUGUGUCUACACUACGACAGGCAGUGCUGGCUCUGCCACAGGGGGACGGGGAACAGGAUGGACCCCAGGAGAUGCUCACCAGAGAGGGGGCUCUGAGCCUCUAUAACACCCUCCUCCUGGAGCUCACCCAGCCACUCACACAACACACGCCAAUACCACUCAAGGCUAUAGGGUUGCAGCUGUGGAGAGAGCUGUUGGACGGUCUGGUCAGUGCAGCUCUGUGGCUCAGACAUCUACUGGGUCUCCCUGAGACAGACACAUGGGGGGAACACACACAGGACCACCACCACAGCUGGGGAAAGAUGAAGAAAGAGGAGAAGUUUGAGAAGAAGGCAGGAGCACCCCUGAAGGAGGAGAAGAAGGCAGGAGCACCCCUGAAGGAGGAGAAGAAGGCAGGAGCACCCCUGAAGGAGGAGAAGAAAGGAGCAGCCAAGCCUGCUGUGAAGGAGAAACCAGUGGAGGAGCGUCCAGGCAGUAAGAAGAAGGGUCGCGAGGAGGUGGCGGCAGGGGACAAGCGUCCUGGAGGUAAGCCGGGUAAAGAACCAGGCAGAGAGCCCUCCUCCACCACAACCAGCCCUGAGAGUGACUACCAGGACCAUCACACUGACUCUGCUGUAGAGCCUGAACUACAGGACAAAUACAGGAGACAGCUGCACCAACAGGACCACUAA